CCGAAAGAAGACUGCAUGGAUACUUCUUCGGCCUUAAAACACAAACCUGCUUUGAAGACAUUACCAGCAAACCAAACAAGGGUUGCUGGCCCAGGACAGCAGCUUUCAACAUCACGUCAAGGUAACACAAAGACCAGAAACCCAGAACUCAUAAAGUUUCCUGUAGACGAGAUAUUCUAUGGAAAUUUGCGUUUUGGACAGGCCCUUGAAGACGACGAUGAGUACGAGAUCAGCCAUAGCACAGUCGCACCUGCCGGCGUUUCGCAAUACGUCUAUCGUCAAGUACACCACUAUUUGUGGAAUGCCGAACGUCAGGUGCUUGUCCGCGAUGGCAAGGACGCUCAAGUCAUUCACCCUUAUAGGAAGAGUCUGCUUAAUAAAGAUCACACUCGUUCGGCCACAAUUAUACGUAUGGACGAUGGCCACCUCCUAGCUACAAGGGAAGAUGCCUCCAGAUUUACCAGCGGUAUACCGUAUGAGGAAAAUCCUGAUCACGAAAAUGACAAUCGCGAGUGGGACUACAUUGCUGAGAAAUACCAAGGUGGCACCGAGCUUCCGCUAUUUGGAGAUUCAGAUGAUGAAUACAGUCCAUCUCUACUUGCUGAGAUAGAAGAGGACGAAGAAGCAUCAGACAAGGCAAAGCCCCGUUUCUUGAGCAAAGAGGAAGUGAUCGAGGCGAUUGAUCAGAAGAUCAGCGAGCAUUCCCAGUUGUGGCGAGAAAAGAAGUUGCCAUUACGCGAACGAACGGCGCGGACAAUCUGGAGAAAAGGCAGACGCCCUGGAGAGCGGAGGCUGCUCAUUGCAGCCGCAAGAGACAAGAUCGAGAGGAUUGAGUGCCGCCUUACUAAGCUUAAGGGUGGUAUUCUUGGUGAGGUCUACAACAGCCCUGCGCAGGUGAAAGACGUCUGUGGUGCCUUGGAGGAGAGCGUAAACCAAGUCGAGGAAGAACUUUGGCGCAUUACUGUGUGGGAACAGAAAAUCGAACCACCUCGGUCUGCAACCCAAGUACGAUCUCGAAAGAGGCCGAUUGCUAAAGUAAAUGACAAUGCGGACGACAAUGCAGGCGAACUGGUCAACAGCGAUUCAGAAGUUGAGUCAGAUGGUCUGACGGAUUUUGUUGACGUUGAUGAAUUCGAAGGGCCAGGCACCCGGAAUGCUCAAGGGAAGCCCAGCGAACCAGCAAAUCAUGCGGAUACCAUGCAGAGUCCUUCCCCUGAGGCACAAGACCAUGACAGUGUAUUGGGAGACCUGACCCAAGUGCGCAACGAAAUGGAAAUCGACGAGCUACCGGCAGCGGUGCCUGAAGAUGAUCCACCACUCCCUUCAAGCUCACCACCUCAAGUGCCUUCCGCUCCGUCGGUUAUCGACCUUACUUUCUCCUCAGACCCUCCCACUCCUGUCAAAAAUACUCCAACUAGACUCAGACUACAACUGAAUUCUACAACACCCCGCGCAUCCAGCCAGGGACUCAAUUUGCGGUUUAGCAACCAACCGGAAAAUGAUAGCGAUGCCGACAUCGGUAACUGGGAUUACAGGACACUUGAGGAACGGUCAGAUCGUAAGAGGAUAAUAUUGAAGCUACUUCGCACACUCAAGCGGAAAACGUACAAAAAUAUAAAAGCCCACAUCAAUGAGCUUACCGAAGCUGUAUUUCCCGACCACAUCUUUCACGCCAUGGAAUAUUUACAGCAGAAAGAGGGUCGAAUGCCGGAUCCACCCACAGGAGAACGGCCGACAAUUGUCAAUCUCGUCAAACUGUACGCGUGUUGGACCUUUAGCAACCACAGGCACUUUGGGUCGGACGAGCAAGGUCUGCUUCCACUUCUUCCAGGGAUGCUAAAGAAAAUCAAUACACAGCAAAAGAAGAAGGACAUCAAAGAGUUCUAUAACUGGGUACGGUUGGUGUUGGAAAAGCAUGAGAGUCCCAUUCGAACGCUGGCCGAGUCGCCCUCUACGUCAUCGUCAAAGCUCCCCACUCGAUCAAAGGAAAUGCCCUUUACUACUCCAACAUCUCUCCAAACAGUAAACACGAUGGAUGAGGUAUCAGAUGAUAAUUUUUAUGAGGGCGAUGAGGUCGAAACACCAUACAAAAAGCGCAAGCGUCCGGUCGUGAGGAGCGCUUCGGGAAUUAACAAACGUCAAGAUGCUCGGAAGCGCCAACUAGCUCAGGCGGAGAGGGAGAGAGACAUGAGAGCCAGUACUGUGGUUCCCUCUUCCCAAAAUGGCGAUUCCGUCAAUAUCAUGGUGAACACGCUCAAGGAGGAACAUGAAACUGCAAUAUACAUACCUUCUUCUUUGGCUGGCAAAAUCAAAUCGCACCAGAUAGAAGGAGUCAGGUUCAUGUGGCGGGAGGUAGUCCGGGCUGGCCACACUGAGUCCCAAGGUUGCCUUCUUGCUCAUACUAUGGGUUUAGGCAAGACCAUGCAAUCGAUUACACUCCUUGCCACCAUCGCUCAGGCAGCACAUUCCUCCAAUGAAACAAUUCGCAAACAGGUUCCUGACGCACUACGGAAGUCCCAGACUCUAAUUUUAUGCCCAGCUUCCCUAGUCCCUAAUUGGGUGGAUGAACUCAGUCUAUGGAUGCCAAAGGCAGUCAAGGGGGCAGUUGGGCCGAUUUACUCUGUAGCAGCCGAAGUGAGUUCGGAAGCCCGGCUUUCAAAGGUAUCCGACUGGUACCACAAUGGCGGUAUCUUAGUGAUGAGCUAUGAUAUGCUACGAAUCCUCGCCACGCCGACGCCGACAAAACCCAAAAUAUUUGGUGAGGACACUGGAGAACAAUAUGGAUUGGUGUCUAAGCAACUGCUCGAGGGUCCCAAUAUCAUUAUCGCAGACGAAGCGCAUACCAUCAGAAACCCAGCCUCAAAGAUUCGCCAGACUGUUAUAAAAUUCAAGACCAAAACCAGGAUCGCGUUGACUGGCUCCCCUCUGGCAAACAACCUCGAGGAAUAUUGGUCCGCAAUCGAUUGGAUUUCCCCCGAUUACCUAGGAUCGAUUCAAGAGUUUAGAGAGCGUUUUGUGCGUCCGAUCCAAGAGGGGUUCUACAAGGAAAGUACCAAGUUUGAGCACCGCAAAGCUCUGAAGAUGCUGAAGGUACUUAAGAUGGAUAUUACACCCAAAGUCCAUCGCGCGGACAUCACGGCUCUGAAAAAUGACCUCAAGUCAAAGGUUGAGUUCGUCAUCACAGUUCCUUUGACAAGCCUUCAAGAAGAAGCAUACAAGAUCUGUGUGAAUCAUGCGAGGAAGAGUUCAGAUGACACAGUCAACAACAUGCGGAUUUUUGAGUGGAUGUCAGUUCUGACGCUAAUCUGCGACCACCCCGCUGCCUUUGCUGGGAUUAUUUCAAACAGGAAGAUAGGAACAGAGAAGCAGCAACGGGAAAACGAAAACAACGAACAAGAGAAAGGAGCCGAAAAAUUUGAGGCUCCUAUUGAAGAUCCGGAUAUCGUACAAGACAAACUCCUAGUCGAGGACAAGGCUGCGUGGAUCUCGUCGGCGCUUGUUAAGGACAUGCAGAACCUGUUCGAGAAGGUGGAUGACCUCGAAGGUCCCGGAUUUUCAUACAAGACAGAGCUCUUUGUCCGAAUCCUGAAUAAUGCCAGCAAGGUUGGUGAUGGGGUUCUUGUUUUCAGCCAUCGCUUGGAUACCCUGGAUUACCUUGAGAGACUUCUGGAAAACCUGGGCAAAAGUUUCGUAAGAUUGGACGGCAAGACGAAAAUGACUAAGCGUCCAAGUAUCCUGUCUAAGUUCAACAACAAGCAGUACGACAUCAUUUUGAUGUCGACAAGAGCAGGCGGUACAGGAUUUAACCUUCCUGGCGCUAACCGAGUGGUCAUCUUCGACUUUGGAUUCAAUCCACAGCAUGAAGAACAGGCUAUCGGAAGGGCUUAUCGACUGGGCCAGGAAAAGGAAGUCUUUGUAUAUCGCUUGAUGACUGGGGGCACAUUCGAAGAGAAAGUCUGGAACAAAGCCCUCUUCAAGACCCAAUUAGCAACUAGGGUUGUGGAUACAAGAAAUCCCGAAAGACAGGCGGAGAAGAUGAGGGAGUAUCUUUUCCCCCCUGUGCCUGUGGAACAGCAGGACUUGAGCGUACACGAGGGCAAGGAUGUGCAUGUCCUGGACAAGGUGCUGAAAAAGAGCAAAAAGGAAGGCAAGGACGUUCAUAUACGUUGCAUCACUACCACAGAGAUCCUGAUGGCAGAAGACGCAGAGGGUGAACUCGACUGGAAUGAGGAGCGGGAAGUUCAGGAACUACACCGAGAGGAAAGGUUGCGGAAGGAGAACCCACAAGCAUACUUGAGGGCGAUGCAGGCAAAGCAAUUCGCUCCGCACUCGACUGCACCUGCCCAACGCCCGCCCCAAGUAGCCGGUCACACUGCUUUCCAGGCUGUUGUGCAGCCGAAUAGCACCCGGCCUUUGACACAAACGCCUGUUCCUGUUCCUCCGUUCGUUCCUCGACCAGCCAAUACGCCAGAUAGGCGCGACAGCGGCCGCUCAGGUCUCGUACAUUUGGACAGGCCGCCAUCGCCCGAUGCCGGGGUCAACAAUGCAGGACCGUCUCCAGCCAGCAUGAUAAGAACGUUGCCGAACACGAUAAACCCACAGGCACCAGCCCCUCCUUCUCCGCACUCAAAUCCGGCCCAGGGUCGCCCUGAGCCAACCCGAUCGCCAGGUAAUGCAUCUCGCGAGACUAUUCCACAACUCGUAGGUACAUCACAAGCGAACCCCGUGGAGCUGACGGACGACGACACGUCCAACAAUGAAGUUGAAAGUGGGGACGAGGGAAAGAAGAGCGCCGACGGAGGCGAUGGACCUCAAUCUUCAAGAAAAGGCCCUGGCAUAGGAAAGCGCAUCUCGGGGUGGUUCACGGGCAGCCAGUGAGGAGAUUGGUAUUGGUAAUGGGUCAUGGGCGGCUUAGAGAGUAGUGUGAGCGUUUUUAACAUGGCCUGCAUGGUGGCUCGAGGAGGCAUUUCAGGGACAAUUGGUCGGAGCGUUGCACGGCACAGGGAUCACUCGGGGGAGUCUGCUUGCGGAUAGCCGAAGGUGCUUACGGGAGACUGCCACGACUGCAUGCUAGUUAGUUAUUCGCUAGUCGAGACCGUUCUCAGUAAAACCAAAAGAAAAAUAAAAGACUAGAGACCC